AUAUCACCGAGUCCCGACGACUGCUGACUGACUUAGCCUGUGGCUCGCGAGCGAAGCACUCCAACACAUCCUGACGUCGAGUGGCUAUUGAGGCGUCGUCCAAUGAGUACCUCCACUGAAGAACAAUCGCACCCACGAUGGAUCAACUCCGACUUCUUGCAGGCUGCUCUGAAACAGGAAGAACCUCCGGGAGAAGACAUAAUAGAAUCGAUAAGUGUUGAAAAUGCGUGCCCAGAAGGUUCCGGCUAUAUCAGCCGCAUCUUCAGAGUGGCUGUCUGCACCAGGGUCAAAGGAACGUCCGAGCGUGCAGAGAGACGCCUGAUAGUGAAGUGCUCUGCCGACGAAGGGCUGGUGAAGGCCGAGGCGGACAAGGCAGGGGUGUUCAGGGUGGAGUCCCUGGCACUGGGCAGCGUGAUGCCGGAGGUCCACGGGCUGCUGGCAGCUGUCGAAGGGAGCGCUUUCCGCCCCCUGGCUGCGCGCUGCCUCCGCUGCGGCGACCUCCCGGCGGACUUCCUGCUGCUCGAAGACCUGGCCGCCGAGGGUUUUGUGAUGGCGGAAGCGGGCCGCCCGCUGGACUACGAGCACUGCGCAGCCGUGCUGAAGGCCUACGCACGUCUCCACGCCGCUUCGGCGAGGGUCCUCAGAGAUCGCGCCGACUGCAGAGAACGUCUGAGGGCAGACCCACUGGCCAGCGUGCGGGAUUACAUGCUGCUGCUGACCGGGGGCACAUUCAGGGCUCUGGCGGACCAACUGAGAGCGUAUCCCGAGUACUCCAAGUACGCCGACAGGUACUUACAAAUCAGGGAGGAUACAGUGGAUCGAGUAUUGGAGGAGCGGAGCAAUAAAGACGUCCACCUGUUGGUAAUGCUCCACGGAGACUGCUGGAUGAACAAUAUCAUGUUCAAGUACGACGCAGGGAAAGUAGCUGAUCUUAGGUUCGUCGACUUUCAGCUGUCGACGACGGGCAGCCCCGCUGUGGACGUGCAGCACUUCCUGUACGGCAGCGCCAGCGAGGAGGUGCACCGGCGGCAGCUGGCCGGCCUGCUGUCGCUGUACCACGGCGAGCUGCAGGCCACGCUGCGCGCCCUCGGCCUGGCCGCCGAGGCGGACGCCUACCCGCUCGGCGAGUUCCAGAGGGACGUGGACCGGGCGCACGUGCUCGCCGUGUUCAACAGCGCCGUCCGGGGCAUGGUCCUCACGUCCGAGGAGAACGGCGCAGAUUUCGCCAACUUCUUCGACAACACCGACGAGUCCGGCGAAGUUCUAGCAAAGGCAUGCAGGCAUCCCGACUGCGUGUCAUACUUGAAAUAUGUGAUUCCCCUAUUUGAGAAGAAAGGCCUCCUGUGAAUUUUAUUGUAAUUAUUCGUUUUGACCUGCCAACUUAAAUACUGACUUCCUAUUCGCAAAAAUGAAUGAACCCUGUCGACAUUUGUUACUGUACUUCUGUGAUACCUUUCGCUAUCAGUUAGGUAAUAAAAAGAUU